UUGCAGUAUGGAACACUCGACGAAGUACAAGGUGCGCUAGAUACCGAUGACGAUGUGUUCAGUCCAUGGUACUUUGAAGACAAGUUGAUGUCAAACGCCAUUAAAGCUGGUAAUACUGGCAGAAUGAAGAAGGUUCUAAGAAAGGCUUUGGGGGGCGAAGAUAUCAACCUUGUCGUGCUGGGAGGGUCAAAUAGUGCAGGAGGUUAUUUAGGAGGGGAUGAGAAGAGUUUAGAUGGAUUAUACUUCAGAGUCUUUAUCGAUUGGUGGAAUAGUUACAUUGGUGGUAUAACAAAGGCCCUUAUGAAAGAAAUUCAACUGGCUAUUGGGGCAAGUGGAAGUUACUUUUAUUCUUAUUGCUACCAAACGUUCCUUGCAGCGCGCGAAAAGAUUGAUAUUGUCCUGAUAGAAGUCUCUGUCAAUGACUUUCAACUGGCUAUUGGGGCAAGUGGAAGUUACUUUUAUUCUUAUUGCUACCAAACGUUCCUUGCAGCGCGCGAAAAGAUUGAUAUUGUCCUGAUAGAAGUCUCUGUCAAUGACCACAACAACAUUGUGCCACUGGAGCAAUUAACUCGACAAGUCCUGACGCAUCCGUCGAUGCCAGCGGUACUGUUUAUUAACCUUGUACGUUAUAAGGGUAGUGUAUGUGAAAAUCUCGAAUGUUUUGGUCAAACUAAGCUCGCAGGCUAUUACAAUAUUACUUCACUGAGUUUAAGAGAAUUGCUUUGCCGUAAAGAAAAGGGAGAAUGGAGAGCUGUGAUUAAGAACACGACUGGCACAGAUGGCAAACAUAUGAACAUUAAGGCGCACGCGCUUGUGGUGACGAUGAUGAUUAAGCAUGUAAGAAGCGUUAUCAAGGAAGUAAUAAGCGAUAUUAACAAAGGCAUUGGUCAAGUGCUGGAAACCAAAGACACCAAGUUACCGAAAAUUCUGUUUAUCAAAAGCGAAUCAGAAGUUUUGAGACAACCACUGUGUUGGACAGGAAAAACGCCAGAUGCGUCUAAACCGAUUCACCACCCUAGUCUAAAAUUUAAAAUUGUAGAUAACGUAGGCUUUUCGAUGUGUUUAAAACUAAAAAGCAAGGACAAACCGCUUCGUCCAGAUGCCUUUGGCGGUUGGUGUGGGGAGAAAAUGUUUAGUUACCUUAAACUAAGUGUCUUCGUUCCAGAUCUGAAAGUUAAAGAUCUUCCGAUCCGUUCGCGGUCCGUGACAGUUAUGGUCAUGAACAAUAAACGAUGUAAUGCUACCAUUUGGCUUGAUAACGAUAAUAAUACAGCUGUUUAUUUUUCUGAAACCUACGGAUUUGAUCAGUUUGAUACCGUUUCGACAAGAGUAAAGCCAGGAUAUCAUAAUCUCACGUUUAGGAAUAUGUGUGAGGGGAUGUUUAUGGUCAGCGGCAUUUUCGUUGGACCUCCUGAUUUCCACUUGAGAUUCCCAUAG